GCCAGAAUUAGCCAGUUUUGUAUAUAUGGCUAUCAACCAAAAACGUCAGGACCACCCGCCACCACAUCAAGAUUCGCAUGAUUCAAAGGACCCAAAAGGAGGCAUGUGUAAUCCCUAUCUGCUUACCGCCACUUCCAUGGAACAAUAUAUGGGUCAAAUGACAUUUUACCAAGAUAACUCUGGAUCGUUAUGGUUAUCUGGUCUUUAUCAAACUGGAUUUAAUCCUAAAAAAAAUGAUUAUUUCUUUUCAAUUGUUGAUAGUUGUAAUAAUAGUCUUUAUGAUCUUACAAGUUCGAUGGGAAUAGAGUGGAAUAAAUGUGAUUCAUGUUCUAGCAAAAGUCAUAGCUCUCACUAUAAAAGGGGAAGAAGAAAUACGGAGGAAAAGUGUGAUGAUGAAAAUUGGGGUACGAUGGGGUGGGUGGUUAAAGUUAAUGAUUUAACUUGGGAUUGUGAUGGACGAGGAGUUUAUCAUCAAGCAGAUCAUAGUUGUAGAAAGGGUGGAAAACGUGCACUUAGUGAUCAAGGGCCAGAAAGUGGAUUAUAUCUUCAAGUUGGUUCUACUGGUGGUUCUUCGACUAAUACUCCAAUUAAUGUUAAUAAUGAGGGUAAUGUAAUUGCGCCGCCUCCACCAGACGCAAAUCCACCAGCAGCAAAUCCACCGGCAGCAAAUCCACCAGCACCAGAUGCAAAUCCACCAGCACCAGAUGCAAAUCCACCAGCACCAGAUGCAAAUCCACCAGCACCAGAUGCAAAUCCACCAGCACCAGAUGCCAAUCCACCAGCACCAGAUGCCAAUCCAUCACCAAAUGCCAAUCCAUCACCAAAUGCCAAUCCACCACCAGAUGCCAAUCCACCACCAGCAACUGAAGCACCAGCGCCAACAGGUGCACCACCGGCGCCAUCAGAUACGGCAGCUCCAGCUGCAAUUCCAACACCAACAUCCUAA